AUGUGCCCCGCAAUGUCUCUCAGUGCAGGUGAUCAUCUGAGGAGAUCUAGAUCAACUCGCUCCAUCCGAAGGAGCCACCAAAUGUCGGUAUCUAGUGAGCCAUUUGAUCCAGAAAUCGCCAAACAACACGCAACCGUCGCGGCAUCUUUGGCCAUGCGGCGCUCUACAGAGCGAUCUUCUACGGACUCUCAACGCUCUUAUGAUCGCUUGGGUGGUCCUGGUAGCAUGGCGGUACCGCAGAGAAGAAAUAGACCAAGCGGUGACACUGAAAAUUCGGACACUGCUUUGACUGCUACUCAAACACAGCUCCGGCCUUUAACUGUGAGUGAUUCAGAAGAAAAUAACAAUCCUCAGCUUUCGCCCGCAGCGCUGCCGCCAAUUCGUGAAUUCGGUGGUCUAGAUGGCCGCAAUUCUUCUCUACCCUCUUCAUACCGCCGGCUGCGCAAGUCACGGUCAAUGUUUGCAGGCGGACAACAUUAUUCUCGUAUGUCUUAUGGAGCACCUUCUCGGUUACAUGCCAUGUCCCAGGGAAAAGCGCGCUCAUUAUCCUCAUCUAUCAGGAGGGGUAUCAAGAAAGUCCUCGGGCUAUCGAAACCUGUUGCAGAGAAUAGCCAAGUACAAAUCUCACCCGUUGGCCAGGCACAGAGCCAGGUGCUAUCGACAACAUCUAAGGAUGACGAUUAUCCCUCUAGGAAUGAUCGGAAUUCGGUUUAUGCCGAUAGGCCUGCUAGUACUGAUCGUUCUCAGACGGUCCCAAGUAUCCGUAGUUCAGAGAGUCUUGCAACCAGCCGCUCGCGUGUUACAAGCUGGGCUGAUUCAACCGUAGCCAAUACUAUCGUAACGCGCAAAACAGGCGAACAGAGCCAUCUGUCUAUCAUCAACGAACAAGGCGAUUUGGGCCCGAAUCCUUUAUUACUCACCCCAAGCAACUCCCCUAGACAGGUGUUUCCAUCCUCUUCAGAACCAGCCAUGCCAGAGCAUUCCAUUGAUAGCCAACGCCUGUAUGCUGCUCUGAUGAGGCAGAUCGGGCAGAACUAUGCACAGGAUACGGAAGAAGAAAUUGUCCUUGGACAAGUCCGAGAACAUCGUGCUAUUCCAACACGGGCAUCGUCUCUGCAUCCUCGGGCUCCCAGUAACGAAUUGUUUACAACUCCAAGGUCAUAUGCAACAGCCCCUGAUGGCACGGUAACCCCCCAGAAGUGCUCGACUAUGCUCGGUAGUCAAAGUGCCCUAGAUAACGAUGCUCAAAGUAUAUAUGAUGCUGGGUCUCCGACAUUGGAUACGCCUGAUUCUCCUAGCAUCUACUCAAGAACCACCAGUGGCAAUUCCCCGAUCACUGAAAACCAUAGUGAUGAGCUAGGGGUAGCUACAAUCUUUGAAAGCCAGAGAUCAGCAUACAGAUCCCCUAAGCGAACCCCUGAUCUCCCGGAAUCCCAAAUUCAACAGCGGCCAAGUGCCGACUGGCAGCAAUGGAUGCAGUCGCAAAUGGCAAGGAUCGAGAAUCUCACGCCGACAAAAGAGCAUUAUAAAGAAAAUGCGCAAAUCUACGACGAUGCGCCUAAACUGCCGCGGCGGCUUCUAUCCCGAGAGCAGAGGGGUGACAACGACACUUUGGUGCCUCAACAGGAGGAUUCAGAUCAUGAUCGCUUUUUUUCGAGUAAAGAGCCAAUGACAGCUUGUAAGAUCGGGACCGGGAAUAAUUUCUCUAGGCCGUUCAGUCGGUCUCCAAGUGUACGCACAAUGGUGACAGCUUCAAAAGAGCAUGGACUGGCUACUGCUCCCCCGUUUUCGAUUCCUACAUCAGUCUCCACUAACAUUGGUGGGUCAUCUUUUACCGUUGGUCGGAUCCGCGCACGGCUUGACCAGCAUGCAUCGUUGCCCAUGCAGUCAAGGCCGAUCAACAGGCCCCGGAUGCCAGAAUCUCCCACGCCUAAGAGAGAAGCUAGAGAACUGUCACAGCGAUUGACCCAAAACGGCAAGUAUGGUGGAUCUUCCGCCAAAUGGUCCCAAGCCCAAGAUACAGGGCCCGUGCCUUUUCGACUUAGCCGUCAUCGUGAUAGCACCAGAUUUACCAAUGAGAACAUACGGGCUGAUAACCGACAUGUCGACGGCAUUGAACGAUACCCAUCGUCCCAAGGCACCUACUCGCCCAUGUCGAGCAAACGCAUGGUGGAAAUGUUUCUUAACAGCCGGCGUCGACAGAUGGGCAUGGAGAUGUCAGACGACAGUGUUCCGGGCGAAGCAUUUCUCUAG